AUGCUAUCAACUGGAACUAUUCGAGAGGCCAGUAAUUCAUUCGAGUCCGCUACGAACAACAGCAGCAGCUGCACGGCGCUACCGGUUCCAGCCCACCGCCAAUCGUCCACAAGGUCGAUGCUGCUCAGCUCCUCGACGCCGAUCCCUCCUCAGUCUCGCUCGGGUGGCCGUAUCACUCCACCCGUGAGGGUUGAGAUGAGCAUCACGGAGCAAAUUGCGAGGCAAACGCGCAAGUCCACGGUGCUCGAUCCGAAGAACGCACUUCUGAUCAUGGCCAUCCCAGACUACGACGACUACAAGAUCAUGCAACCGUACAGCUGCAGGUCCCUCUCCAACAAGAGCAAGUUCGUGGGUGGCCGAGACUUUAUCACACGCCACAACCCGCAAGAGGUCAACGAGUUCAAGAAGCAGUACUCGCGCGAUGUCGGCAACCUGAAUCGACAUCGGUCCAUCCUGGCACCGCCGACCUCCAAUCUCUCGACCACCGGCCUGUUUUCCUCUUCAUCCGGGUCCAUUGGUCCCCAGGGCUCGCCUUCUAGGAGCGGUAGCAGCAACAACAAUCUACUGGUGAAGGACGGUGGACUAUGGCGGAAGACGUUCACGUCCACUAUGAAAGCCUGUUGGGUGCUCACGGACAUGGGCAUCCAGGCGCUUAUCGGACCAGAAUACAGACUAACCACGAGGACCCCAGUUCUACCUGCACUACCGUCUCCACGACCUCAGAGACCGCCGAUCCUUCCUCUGUCAUGCCGGUCACCUGCUACGUCGUUGAGACCCGAGACGCCAUCUUCCUUGUCGGCCUUUUCAGCGCGCGAGUCAGCUCGGAAGGGGAUUGGAGUGGACUUGGCGGACGAGAAGACGCUGGCAGCACUCUCGCGACUUGCAGCGAGCACUCCGAAGCCUCGCACCCCCCCCUGCUCACCUUUGAAAAGAGCCUCGAGUUUGUCGACUAAGUCGAACAGUGAGAGUGCCUCCACUCCAUCAACCUGUACGGAUGGGGCAGAGCUGCUCUCCCUUGCUCCCUACGCGGGCAUUUCAUGGGAGCGGAAGGAUGAAUGUGAUCGGAACCAAAGCCCAGCAGCAUCUCUUGAGUCAAACCCUGCAACGCAGCAGAAGAAUGUCGGGGCUUCAAUGUUCUCCCCUACCGAGCAACGCCUUCCCGCUGUGUCAUCCAUAACGCAGCAUUUCGCCAUGGAGGUGUCACCUCCGAUGCUGGCAUUGGACACUCUUCAGACUGGGCAAGUGUACCUGUUCCCGGUGCGAGUGCGGAACGUGGGCUCUCGACAGGAGCGCUUCCGUGUGAACCGAGUGACUGCCACUUGUGCCGGUUUCCAAGCUGGCAUAGCUGAAGCCAGCUACCAGCGCGAAUCUGCACGUCUAGCUCCGGGCUUGGCUGCGAUCGUCACUGUUGCGCUCAGCUUCCACCACCCUGGUCGAGCGGCGGGCUCUCUGCGGGUAGAAGCAGAAGGCCUCGGAGCUUGCGAUAUUGACAUCAAAUGCAUCGUGCGAUAG